CGCCAACCCGAACAGCCCAAUUAAUCCAGCCUUCCCGGCCAACUACGGUGUCCUGCAGCUCCACUCCUGCAGUAAUCCUCGAAAUACUACAGCGAACACUACGCGACCGCUACAAAAGACGCAAACAACCUCUCAUCGUGCGCAGUCCAAUUGGUCCGAACCCUGACGUGCACGAUGUCCCUCAACCCUGCAGCGUCAUUAUAUCGCCGGUGCUUAAAAGCAUCGCUAGAUUGGUCCGUCCAGAGAUCAAUUUGGCGAGGUCAGGCCGUUUACAUUCGAUCUCUCUUCGACGCCAACCGAGACGUUCGGGAUCCUCGUCAACAGAAGAUUCUACUUCGCGAAACAGAGAAGCUUCUUGAGAAUUGGAAACACCCAGACCCUUACCGUGCUCCUACAGCACCAGGAGGCUCGAAAUACGAAAGAAACCUGCCCGCCCGCGAUUUGCCAUACGCCGAAGCGCCAGGAGCUCAUUAAGAUGCAUAUGAAAAUGUGAUGCAGAUACCUCUCAUAGCUCCUCGAUACUGUAUUAGAAUAGCAAAUACUUUGAAAUAUAAAGCUCUAUAAGCUCAUAUACAAACAAAUCUGACAAGUGGAAAACAACUAGAAUCUCGG